UUAAAAAAAACAGAGGAGCCUAAAGCGCAUUAGCGAGACUACCAGAGAACCAGGCAGGAUUUACAGCGGAAAAAAGCCAGUGCCCAGAUCACGAAUACUUCAGACAGAAAUAAGCCGUGGGAUCAUAGAGCUGGACUUAUUUUUUAUUUAUUUAUUUUUGCAAGUAAUUUAAAAUACUAAACAGAAAGCGAUAUGACCCUGCAUGUAACAAUGCGACGCAGCAGCUGUGAUUUACAACCGCAGCAACAUCGCUGGAGCAUUUCCACAGAUGGGAAGCACGUCUUGACCAAAAACGCUCCACCAUCACAUAUCGUGCGCUCCAAGUCGUGCAUGAACUCCGGCCAGUCCUACAGGGGAAGAUGGUCCUCAGAUUCAUCUGAUUCUACAGUCUCAACCGAGUCAGAAUGCAGCUUCUCCAGAGUGGUCGUGAUUGGAGAGAAUGGUGUUGGGAAAUCGGCACUCUCUGGCAUUUUUGCAGGUGCACGGGAUAGCAUGGGUAGUAAUUGCGACCUGCUUGGAGAUGACACAUACGAGCGAACAUUGGUAGUGGAUGGUGAAAGGGCAACCAUUAUUUUAUUGGACACAUGGGCUAAUGAUGAAGGCAGCUGGACCCAAGAGCACUGUAUGCAAGCUGGGGAUGCGUACCUCAUUGUCUACUCAAUAACAGACAGAGCCAGCUUUGAGAAGGCUUCAGAGCUCCGAAUACGGCUGAGAAGAACGAGGCAAUCAGAAGACAUCCCGAUCAUCUUGGUAGGCAACAAAAGUGACCUGGUCAGACGCAGACAAGUUUCAGUGACAGAGGGCAGAGCUUGCGCUGUGGUGUUUGACUGUAAAUUCAUCGAGACGUCAGCCGCUGUCCACCACAACGUGCAGGAGAUGUUUGAAGGAAUCGUACGUCAGGUUCGGCUCAGGAGAGACAGCAAGGAGGUGAAUGAGAAAAGGAUGGCGCAUUACAAAAGGAGAGAAAGUCUUCCCAAGAAGGCCAAACGUUUUCUGGACAAAAUAGUGGCCAAGAACAAUAAGAACAUGGCAUACCGACUGAAGUCCAAGUCUUGUCACGACCUCUCAGUGCUAUGAGAACGUUGACUUGCCUGUGGAAUAAGCAGGAGACUGUUUUCCUAAAAGACAUUAUCUGAAAAAAAAGUGUCAGUCUAUAUUAGAUUGCACUAUAUAAUAAUACAGCCAGAAACUGUGGUCUGUUGUUUUUCAAAAACUAUUAAAGGCACUGAAAUGAUUUCAGUCUGUAUAAAUAGAGAGAUCGCUCUAUGAGCACAUUGGCUGUACGUUCUGCAAAGUAAUGAUACUGAUGUAACCUUUUGAAAUUCUGGGGUGGCCCGUUCUAUAGCCCGUUUAUCCAAAGAUUGGUUUGGAACUAUGAAAAAAAGAUUUAACACGGUUGCAUUUAAGAAACAUCAAAAGCAGAGUUCAAGCAAACCUGUAAGCAUGCAACACAUCUUACUUCAUCAUCAGCAUUGUGUGACAGGGAUUUAUCAGUAAGUUUGCAGUUCACUAAGGCUCAGACCAAGGACACAUAAGCAAUUUCAAGAAGAUAUUUUUUUUAGGCAGCCAACUUUUUUUUUUCAGUAAUUUGGUUCUCAACUUCAAUGUGUGUUUAGCCAAUAAAUUGUCCACUUGACAGGAUUAUUUUUUGAAAGUAUUUGUGGGUGUGAAGUUUUCAGAAAAUAAAGACUAUAAGGAAAAAGGAAGAUAUAUGCAGGGGACUUAUGGAAAAUGACCAGUUGAAAUUAUGAUCAAAAUCCCAGUGUUGCCAUUACAAAUUGCUUCUGUGUCCUUGACCUAAUUGUAUGAGUCAAUAUUGUCAAAGUGCUUUAAAAAUGUAAGUAUUACAACCUUAAACAAAUAAGGAUGA